GGUCCGUUUUGUAGCCAUUUUAGCAAUGCAACGUUCGUGCUGCAUCUGAAAGUAGCAAUAACAAAUACUUCCCGUACUACUGUGUAAGCCAGUGUGGUGGUUGCGAUUGCCGUUUCCUAGCUAAGCAGUAGCGGUGGCUGUGGCAGGCUGAGGUUGGAAUAGACUUUAGCGGAAUGCUUGUUUUCAUUUUUGUGAACGUCAUUGCGCGGCAACGGUGGAGAAAAGGACUUCGUAUUACGGAACGGGGACUUUUUGUUGUAGGGGGAAGCAGAAAAGAGGGAAUGGCUUUCAUGCAUGAAGAUUUUUUUCACACUCGGGGGUGGCGGGGGGGCUUGGGUAUUUUCGUGUCAUGUAGGUUUCGUUGUCGAGGAGUUUCACUGCAUAUACCAAAUCAGAAUAUUGUGAUAAUAAUCUCAUAUUGUUUUUUCUCACAUAUUUGUUAAGCAUUGAUGCUUCACGAGAAGAUGAGUCGUUUGGGCGUCCAGUGAACGAUGAACACAGGAGGCCAAACUGCCGGAUGAAAAGGAUAGAUGUGGAUGGAAAGCCACAUCUAUGUUUGUUUGCUAUAAAUGACAUUCAAAAGGGAGAAGAAAUCACCUAUGAUUAUGGUGGCGAAGACUGCCCAUGGAGAACACAAAUGACCAGCAUGAUGGUCACAGAUGUGGCUCCUCAACCCUCUUCUCUGCCUCAGGGUCAGAUGUAUGAUGAUGAUGAUGAUGAUGGGUGUCCACUCAACACGCUCCAGGAGAUGACCAAGACAACACCCAAAGAGGCGACUUUACUUGAACCCUGUUGUGAUACUGCUGGUCCAAGUAAAAUACAUCAGAUGACCAAGACAACACCCAAAGAGGCGACUUUACCUGAACCCUGUUGUGAUAGUGCUGGUCCAAGCAACAUACGUCAGAAUCUGGAAGUGACACACAGUGACCUAUCUGUGGAAUAUGUACUAAGAUUGAGAAGAACCAAAAGUAUCUUUAUGAAAGACAAUGUUCCUGAAGAUUCAGAUGAACUUUUUUAUUCCACGCAAUCAAGCGGAGAUGAUUUAAUCCCUGACACAACAUCCAAAAGUGAUACUGACAAAAAAUUGCUGGAGAGUGAAGAAGAUAGUGAAAACAUGCUUUCUGAUGAUGGCACACCCAUGGAUGAAACUGAGAGCGGUGACAUCAUACACAAGAGAAGCAAACCACACAAGAGAUGCAAACCACCAUCAUCAGAUGAUGAUGAGCAGCCAUCAGGAGUCAGAUCUAAGAAGUGUUCCUCCAAAGGAGAAAGAAGUGAGAGUGAUAAUCCGUGCCAAUUAACACCCAAGAGACGGACACCAUUUUCAAAUAAAGACAGGCCAUCAUCAGAUGAUGAUGAAAUUCCAUCAAGUAUUCCUGCCAAGAGAUUUUCCUUCAAAGGGUGA